AGAACCCUUCGACGAGAUGCAAUCAUUCGCGAUGGUACCGCGGUGCAGUGCAAACGGAAAGCGAGAAAGUAUGGACCUUCGAGUGAAUUUUUUGGAUCUCAUGCAAGUGUUACUGCUGUGUAUACUGUUUACUAGUGGAAGUGUGGCAAAUUCCAUUAAUCGACAUGAAUUGGAACAUAAGCAGGCGCAGCUAAAAGGUGUCGAUAAUAAAUUUUCUAGAGGGUCGAAAGCUCCUCUCCAGGGAUCAAAACAUUCGGUGCCCAAUUUGGAAUUGGAAAAUGUGAUGAGUGUGGAUAUGGCUGUGAGUGUUAUAAAAAAGCAUGUCAAUUCUGUUCGUUCUGCGUCCCCGAAGCCCAAUAAGCGAGUAAAGGUUAAAGGCGCCUUGAAGGCGUCGACGGAGAGUCCCCUUUCACAAUUUACAUCGGUUGACCUCAAUGUAACGCCGCCAGCUGUUCUCGCCUCAAUCCUAGAUAGUGUUUUUCAGUCUACUCUAUCAACUACCACAACAGUAGCACCAACCACAAUAGUGCCAUCGUCGACUACAGGAGAUCCAAUUACCAUAACUACAACUGAGGCGAAUUCAACAACCACGGAAGCUACAACCGGAAGUCCUACAACUUCCACAGAAACAAGUUCAACAACCACGAAAGCUGCGAGUACUACAACAGAAAGUUCUACAACUUCUACUGAGGCUAGUUCAACAACCACAGAAGAAGCGAGUACUACCACAGAAGGGACCACAACGUCCAUUGAUGCCAGUUCAACAACCCCGGCAUCAGAAAGUACUACAACAGAAAGUCCUACAACUUCUACUGAGGCUAGUUCAACAACCACAGAAGAAGCGAGUACUACCACAGAAGGGACCACAACGUCCAUUGAUGCCAGUUCAACAACCCCGGCAUCAGCAAAUACUACAACAGAAAGUCCUACAACUUCUACUGAGACAAGUUCAACAACCACAGAAGAAGCGAGUACUACCUCAGAAGGGACCACAACUUCCACUGAUGCAAGUUCAACAACUCCGGCAUCAGCAAGUACUACAACAGUAGGUACCACAACUCCAAUUGAUUCGAGUUCAACAACCCCAGCAUCAGAGAGUACUACAACAGAAGGUACCACAACUUCCACUGCGACAAGUUUGGAUACAACAGUGGCUGAUUCAACUACAAGUGGAGCGAUAAGUACUACAACUGACAGUACAUCAACUUCCACUGAGAUCACCUCAACCACAACAGCGACCGAUUCAUCUUCCGCCGAAGAAACAACUGCCGUCAGCUCAACCACUCCAAAUGUCAACACUGACGAAACCUCAAGUACUGCCGGAGUCUCAACGGAAGUUGCAGCCACAGAAGCAACAUCAGCAAGCUCUGUAGACAUUGCCGCAUUACCUACGAACAAUUUAGCAAGUAGUCAAAUUCAAACCCUAUCAGAGAUCUCAAACGAUGCAGCAGUCAACGAUCCAGUUCAAACCGUGUCGAACCUAUUUGCGAUUGCGUCGAACGGUCUGCUGGGACAAACGAAUCAAUUGAUUAACAAUUUGACCCAGUCUCAACUGCAAAGCGACACGCCAAGCACCGAAAACAACACAACGUCGACUGCCGGAACAUCGCAAGGCAGUGUCAUCCCAGGAAGUGCCAGCAUCAGCGCAAUAUCGUCCCAGAUUCAAAGCAUCGGAAACCAAAUUGUAGGAGGGAUCUCGAACGUAUUUCAACUGAGCGAUACACCCGUUGUUGGGGUCGCAGAAACCGCCAUACAAAACUUAGCUAACCAGCCUAAUGAAGCACCUCCUUCCGGAGUAUCACAGGACAGCAUCAUUUUGGGACCUUUGCAGCAGUUGGGCUCACAAAUCAUCGGUUCUCUGACCAGCAGCAAUACCUCGGGAACCCCUAUCCUGUCACAGCUUCCAAACAUUACAACGCCUGUUUCCACCGAUAAUGUGAAUGCGAUCGCCGCUAACGUUAGUACAAUAACGUCCCAGGUUCAAAACAUCACUAAUCAAAUUGCUGGGGGAUUCUCGAGUGUUUUGGGCGAUACACCCGUUACCGAAGUGUUGAAACUCAGUCCAGUCACGCCAUUACAGUCUGUGAAACAAUUGUUCGAUACGUUGAGCGCGAAUUCCAUUCAGUCCGAUAAACCUGUUGGCAAUCCACUGCAAAACUUCGGUUCGCAACUUCUGAACAUCAACAACGCACUCAACUGGAAUGCUAUCCAAAAAUGGCCUGUAAGUUGGUUUGGAGCCAACAGCAACAAUGAACCCUCGUGCGUUGACCCCAGACCAACAUUGGAUUGUCCAGCGUGUGAACCAGUUUGUGGAACAGUCAAUACCGUAGCCGCGUCUCGUCGCUUCCGUGUUGUAGGAGGAACUCAAGUUCAGCCACCUAACAAAUAUCCCUGGAUCGUCCGCUUCGUAUACUUUAAAACUGAUGUCGGCCAGGGUUCCUUGAUUAACGAUCGAGCAAUUCUCACCACGGCAAAUGUUGCUACCGCAAUGCCCCUCUACUCGCAAGCAAAGGUUCUAUUCAACGUAUUCGACCUACACUCUACAACGGAGGAAAGACUGAUGAAGCAAGUGGCCAACAUUUUCCCCCAUCCACAGUUUGAUCCACAGCAACCUUACGAGAACAACAUCGGAAUAGUAAUCGUGGACAGUCCUGUGCCACUGUCGAAAACUCUCGUCCCGAUAUGUCUGCCCACACAAUUCGAUUCGUACGGAGGUACACAGGCCGUGGUCGCUAGCUGGGGUGCGGAAAUGCCUAAUGGCCCGUCCUCGUCAGUACUCCAGGAGGUUUCAAUCCCACUGUACACGAAUAACGAAUGUAAAAUGGCAAACAGAAAACUUACCAACAAUAAUCUCUGUGGAGGUAUCGUCAGACCCGCCCCGAUAGAUUUAUUGAAGUCGACUUGUGAGGGUGAUGGCGGAGCAGGAUUGAUGGCACCGUCCAGGAUCGACCCCUCACAGCAGACACUGAUCGGUAUCGCCAUCGAAGUUCCCGGUAAAUCGUGCGCAGACACCAACCAACCAGCCGUGUUUACGAACGUACAGAACUUUAUCGACUUUAUCAUUUUCCGCGGAAAUGGAUGCGGCUGCUAGUGAUAUAUUUUUACCUAUCCAUUUGUGAUUCAAACAUAUAUUCUCCAUAAAUACAUUAACAGUUUCUAAUACA